CGGGCGGGGUGGGCGGGUGUUCGGCUGGGAGCUGGGCAGAGCUGGCGGCGGCGGCGGCGCUGGGAUUGCGACCCUGUGAAUUGCUCCAAAAUGGCUUUGCCACUGAGCGCUGGACAGAUUCGCCAGAAAUUUAUUAAUUUCUUCAAACAACACAGCCACGAGUAUGUGCACUCCUCAGCGACUAUCCCUCUCGAUGACCCUACUCUUCUCUUUACUAAUGCCGGCAUGAAUCAGUUUAAACCAAUUUUCUUGAACACCAUCGAUCCAUCCCACCCAAUGGCAAAAUUAUCAAGAGCUACAAAUACUCAGAAAUGUAUACGGGCCGGAGGGAAACACAAUGACUUGGAUGAUGUGGGAAAGGAUGUUUAUCAUCAUACUUUCUUUGAGAUGUUGGGUUCUUGGUCCUUUGGUGAUUACUUCAAGGAACUGGCUUGUGAGAUGGCCUUGGAACUGUUGACAAAGGAGUUCGGGAUCCCCAUCGAAAGACUUUAUGUGACUUAUUUUGGAGGGGAUGAAAAAGCAGGGCUGGAACCAGAUCUUGAAUGCAAGCAGAUCUGGCUAAACCUUGGAAUGGCAGAAGAAAGGAUUCUACCAGGCAGCAUGAAGGAUAAUUUCUGGGAGAUGGGCGAUACUGGCCCUUGUGGCCCAUGCAGUGAGAUGCAUUAUGAUCGUAUUGGAGGACGUGAUGCUGCUCACCUGGUCAACAUGGAUGACCCUAAUGUUCUGGAGGUCUGGAAUCUUGUGUUCAUUCAAUUCAACAGAGAGGUUGAUGGCAGUCUGAAACCCUUAGCUAAGAAGAGCAUUGACACUGGAAUGGGUUUCGAACGGCUGGUGUCAGUCCUACAAGAGAAGAUGUCAAAUUAUGACACAGACUUAUUUAUGCCUUAUUUUGAAGCAAUUCAGAAAGGAACUGGUGCCAGGCCGUAUACAGGGAAGGUGGGAGCUGAAGAUAUUGAUGGAAUUGACAUGGCGUACAGAGUGUUGGCAGAUCAUGCACGGACAAUAACAAUUGCUUUGUCUGAUGGAGGCAGACCAGAUAAUACUGGUAGAGGGUAUGUUUUGAGGCGGAUUUUACGAAGAGCAGUACGAUACUCCCAUGAGAAAUUGAAUGCAUCAAAGGGGUUCUUUGCAUCUCUGGUUGACGUGGUGGUGGAAUCUUUGGGAGAUGCAUUCCCAGAGCUAAAGAAAGAUCCAGACAUGGUGAAGGAUAUUAUCAAUGAAGAGGAGGAGCAGUUCCUGAAAACCCUAAACAGGGGGAGGCGUAUCCUGGAGCGGAAGAUCCAGAGCUUGUCUGAUAAUAAAGUCAUACCAGGUGAUACAGCUUGGCUGCUUUACGACACCUAUGGUUUCCCUGUGGAUUUGACUGGACUGAUCGCUGAAGAGAAAGGACUCCGAGUAGACCUCGAGGGCUUUGAGGAGGAAAAAAAAGCUGCUCAACUGAAAUCCCAGGGGAAGGGUACAGGUGAUGAUGAUCACAUCAUGCUAGACAUCUAUGCAAUCGAUGACCUGCGCGCUAAGGGCUUUGAAGUCACUGACGACACAUCAAAGUACAACUACACGUCAGAUGACAGUGGAAACUAUGUUUUUGAGUCCAUAGAGGCCACGGUGAAAGCGAUCCGCAGGGAGAAAAUGUUCGUGGAGGAGGUGAAAACAGGUCAAGAUUGUGGUGUGUUGCUGGAUGCCACGUGCUUCUACGCUGAGCAAGGUGGACAGAUUUAUGACGAGGGCUACUUGAUAAAAGAAGAUGACAGCAGUGAAGACAAAACUGAAUUCACAGUGAAAAAUGUACAGGUACGAGGCGGUUAUAUCCUACACAUCGGAACAGUUUAUGGACAACUGAAAGUUGGAGAUAAAGUUCAUCUCUACAUUGAUGAGGCCAAGAGACGAACUGUCAUGAGCAACCACACCAGCACCCACAUGCUGAACUUUGCCCUGCGGUCUGUGCUGGGUGAGGCUGACCAGCGGGGCUCUCUGGUGGCACCGGACAGGCUGCGCUUUGAUUUCACAGCCAAAGGAGCAAUGAGCACGCAGGACAUCAAAAGAUCUGAAGAGAUAACAAACAAAAUGAUUCAGGAUGCCAAGCCAAUUUAUGCCUUGAAUGCUCCCCUUGUUGCUGCUAAAGCUAUUCAGGGCCUUCGCGCUGUAUUUGACGAGACGUACCCUGACCCUGUGCGAGUGGUGUCCGUGGGAAUUCCAGUGGAAGAUAUGCUAGCUGACCCAUCAGGACCAGCGGGGUCUGUCACUUCAGUGGAAUUUUGUGGUGGAACGCAUCUGCAGAACUCGCACCACGCUGGCCCUUUUGUGAUUGUUUCAGAAGAAGCUAUUGCUAAAGGCAUCAGGAGAAUAGUCGCAGUCACGGGAUCUGAGGCUCAGAAGGCUCUCAGAAAGGCAGAUGCUCUCCAGAAGUCUCUUACCGCACUAGAGUCAACGGUCCAAGUCCAAACCGCUCCCAGUAAGGAGAUCCAGAAAGAAAUUGCUGACCUUACAGAGAUGAUUGGCACUGCAGUCAUCCCCCAGUGGCAGAAGGAUGAACUGAGAGACAAGCUGAAGUCAUUAAAGAAAAUUAUGGAUGACCUCGACAGAGCCAGUAAAGCAGAGCUGCUGAAGAAGGUACGGGAGAAGACCAAGCAGUUCAUAGACACUAAUCCAAACCAGCCUUUGGUGGUAAUGGAGAUGGAACCAGGGGCACCGGCAAAGGCGCUGAACGAAUCUCUGAAGCUGUUUAAGACUCACUCUCCACAGACUGCAGCAAUGUUGUUUGCUGUGGAUAGGGAUGCAGGAACUAUCACGUGCUUGUGCCAAGUGCCCCAGGAAACUAUAAACAGGGGUUUGAAAGCCAGUGAUUGGAUUGGUCACAUCUCGGAAUUGCUGGACGGAAGAGGAGGAGGAAAAGACAUGUCUGCUCAAGCCACAGGGAAAAAUAUCAACAGCCUUGAAAAAGCACUGAAGCUGGCAACUGAGUUUGCUAAACUUAAAAUAGGAGACCUCAAAAACUAACAAAAAAAGUAUUCUAAUAACUUGAAAGACUUUUAUGGUGCGGGGAAUGGGUCUAGUGCCCGUGAUGGCCGAGUGCUUCACCGUCCACUAGCUGACAUAAAACAAAGCUGCCAACUGAUAUAAAGAAAAAUGAAUGUCUAGAAAAUUCAUUAGAUAGCUUUUAAGUAACUAAUCAUCUUUGUCAAACCUGUGUUGAAAUGUCUGCUAUUGAUCAUUAAGUCUAAAUAAAGGGAAUGGCCAUAAAAAAUUUGCUUUUAUUUUUUUUAAAUGGCCAUAAUUUAUUUAAAAUAAAGAUUUGCACUAUUAUAACUCCUUCCACGACCUCACUGCACCUUUGGUGCUGUUACUCAGUGUAAUGUAGGAAAUGCGGCUACUAGUUUGCACAUCUCCCGGUUUACACCAAUGUGAUAAUAACCAUUUUUUUCAGUGAUUUUGAUUGAGAUAAAUAUUCAGCAGAUACCUGUUCAACUUUCUGAAAUAGUGUCAGUGGGACCUCGUACAUCCACCUGAGGGAACUGAUAGAGCUUUGGUUAAUGUCUCAUCAAAAUAUAGCCUCCCAGUGCAUUGUUUCCUCAGUGCAGCACUAGCUAGGAAACCUAGAUUUUUAUGCACGCAUCUCUCGUGUGGCUUGAACCCAUAGCCUUCUAACCUAGUGUUACCCAUUGAGCAACAAAAAAAAUGCAAUCCUAAACUAAACAUUGUACCCGUUUCAAAUGUGGUGUCUGAACUAAUUAUUCUAAGCUUCAGAAUUAGCUGUUGUUUGUAAUAAAUCCUUGUGAUCAAGAAUUUACCAUUGUUUCCAAGUGUCUGAUGAUAGUGCUGUACAGGAGCCACCGCAAUGGAGUUCUGCUAACUCCCAAAUGACUGAUUCAUUCAAACUUUCAUGAAGCAUGGGCAAUUGCUAAGCUGGUGUUUUUACAUUGGGGAUAAAUGUAAAUAUACAUUUAUAGUAAAUCUCGCCCCAUUUCCAUUUUUUCCCCCUCUGGUUUGUACCUUAGUUUUAGCAUUGUUUCUGUGCUUUCGUUCAUCUUCUCGACACCGCCAGGCAGAUCAUCGGUGACUACCGAAUCUUUACUACUCUCUCUAAGCCCACAUCACCACCGUCAUUUGGUCUGCAACCUAUCACGUAUUCCUUUUGUUCUCUCCACUCCUCCCCCACUCUGCAACUUAAAAUAUGCCUGAUUUCUAACUCUUUCAAUUUUCAAGAAAGACCAUCAACUUGAGACGUUAAGUCCAUUUCCCUCUCCAGUGAUGCUGCCCGACCUCCUGAAUAUUUCCACCGCUUUUCGUUUUUAUUCCUUGUUUCAACUUUAUUACAUGGUACCUUACUAAAUAUUAGAAAGCAUCGCACUAUCCACGAUGGCAUGUCUUCUGCUGAAUCUGAUCAGCUUGGUUGAGGGUGAUCUCAGUGUAUUUAUAAUUUCGUGGUUCCCACAUGCUUAUUAUUUUGCAGAUAGCCAGGGGGCUAAUUUCUGGCCCCCUCUCAGCUGUAUUGGUUUGGGAUUUGCCAGUCUCACUGCUAAUUAUCCUGGCUAUUUCAUGCUCCCACUGCUUUCCAUGGGGGGGGGCUGAGGUCCUUGAGAUGAUCUGUUAUGGAGCUUAGAUGAUUUGACAGCGCACAACAUGUAGAAAUAUCCAAAUUAUUUUUUUUAAAUUGCUGGUCAGGGAAAUGAAUUUUUUUAUGUGGAUAAUCUUUCCAGAAAAAAAGUCAUCAUUUUGACUGAUCUAGGUAUCUUUGGCAGUUGCAGUAUUUUACUUAAGUUGUAACUUUCAUCACCUAGACUUGAAGUGCUAUUUAUAAUCCAGAGCCUGGCUACCCAACCAGAGCUCAAUGUGAUCCAACUGUGUGUGUUGGAUUUGGGCUGAUGGUGUACACUGAUAAAUUACUUGGGUUCAGUCAGGUCCAGCCUGAAAAAUAAAGGCAAUUUGAUGGAUGUAUGUAGGAGAGAAUACGUUGCAGGACUACAAGGAAAUAGAGGGUGUGAUGCUACUUAACUGACACUUGGAACUCGGAGUUAACAAAUCUAUGCUACCUGUGAAUUAUUAAAAUGAAAUAUUGUGUAGCGGUUAGCAUAACACUAUUACAGCGCCAGUGACCCGGGUAUAAUCCCAGCCACUGUCUGUAAGGAGUUUGUACGUUCUCCCCGUGUCUGCGUGGGUUUCCUCCCACAUUCCAAAGACGUACGGGUUAGGAAGUCGUGGGCAUGUAUGUUGGCACCGAAGUGUGGCGACACUUGCGGGCUGCCCCAGAACACUACGCAAAAGAUGCAUUUCUCUGUGUGUUUCGAUGUGCAUGUGACUAAUAAAGACAUCAAAUUCUCUGAAGUGA